UUUACAUUAAUUUAUUUGCAAGAUCACAUUAUUACUGGAGUACCUUGUCUUCCAUCGAGUCCUGAACCACAAUAAAAAAAACUCUUUCCAUGCGUUCAAAAAGAGAUACAUCCUUUUAGGCGCUAUAAAUCUCAAGGAUUAACCCAUUUUACGUUCUGCUUUAUCCACUAAACACUGGUGGGCAAUUCGAACUAGAUUCACGCCGGCCUUGAAGGUGUUGGCGCUUAUUUAACCCUCAGACCAAUGUCUAAGAAGAAAGGCGAUGUGCCAAAGAAAACUGUUUUGAUUGGAAGAAUCGGUACUAAUCUGAAAUGCGGUGUUGUAGGCCUCCCGAACGUUGGGAAAUCUACAUUCUUCAAUAUUCUCACUAAAAGUCAAGUCCCUGCCGAGAAUUUUCCAUUUUGCACUAUUAAUCCUAAUGAAAGUCGUGUUGCAGUGCCAGAUGAAAGAUUCGAUUGGCUUUGUGAAUAUCACCAACCUGUUAGUCGAGUACCAGCUUACUUAAAUGUUGUCGAUAUCGCUGGUCUAGUUAAAGGUGCACAUGAAGGACAAGGUUUGGGAAAUGCAUUUCUUUCUCAUAUCCGUGGUGUUGAUGCAAUUUUCCAUAUGUUAAGAUUGUUUGAAAAUGAAGACAUCACUCAUAUUGAAGGUGAUAUUGAUCCUGUACGUGAUUUAGAUAUCAUUGAUGAAGAGUUACGCCUUAAAGACAUUGAAUAUGUCACUAAAGAAUGGGAGAAAUGUGAAAAAGUAGUUAUUCGAGGCAAUGAUAAAAAACAAAUGCCUGCUUAUGAAUGUCUUACAAAAGUUAAAAAUAUGUUGAUCAAUGAUAAACGAAAUGUCCGUUUCGGUGAUUGGAAUCCAACUGAAGUGGAGAUUCUUAACGAACAUUUAUUUAUCACAUCGAAACCUGUGAUUUAUUUGGUUAAUAUGUCAGAGAAGGCGUUUUUAAAGAAGAAAAGUAAAUGGCUACCAAAAAUUAAGGAAUGGGUUGAUGAGCAUGAUUCUGGUGCAGCAAUUAUUCCUUUCUCUGCUGAUCUUGAACAAAAACUCAGUGAAAUGUCACUAGAAGAAGCUACGGCUUAUAUGAAAGAAAAUGAAUUCACUACCAUGUUGCCAAAAAUUAUUCGUGUCGGUUAUCAAACAUUACACUUACAGUACUUCUUCACAUGUGGUAAAGAUGAAGUCAAGGCGUGGACUAUACAGAAAGGCUCAAAAGCUCCUCAAGCUGCUGGCCGAAUUCAUACGGAUAUGGAAAAAGGUUUCAUCAUGGCUGAAGUGAUGUCAUAUGAAGAUUUCAAAACAGAAGGUUCUGAGGCUGCUGUCAAAGUAAUUCUGCAUGAUGUUUUUUCGAGUACUUUAUUGGUUUUCUAUGAUUGAAUUUUCCGUUUAGCGAACAUUAUAUUUAUAUAUUUUUGAUUAAUCAAUAUGGGUUGUUACAUUAUACGGCCAAACUAAUCAGAGUGAAAACAACGACUUUGGGUAUUUUUAUGAGUGAAAUUCAAAAGAUCUUAGUAACUAUAAUUAGCUUAGUAACUAUAUUUGUAAAAACCACUUUCAUAUAGUUGCUAAACCUACAAGGCUUUAUAGAAAAAGAAUAUAUACUACCAUUAUCAAGUAACGUGACAGAAAAGAAUACACGAGACAUUAAUCAAACUUCCCGUAUCGAAAUCCAAGUGAACACUAUACAGACUUCAAUUUUCGUUAUAUAUUAGACUGUUUUACUGUUGUUGUUGUUGUUCAAUUUCGCCCUUUGGUCAAUUUGUUCUCUACUCUAUUGUUUUGUUAGGCUGCUGGCAAAUACAAACAAAAGGGACGGGAAUAUGUUGUUGAAGAUGGGGAUAUUAUAUUGUUUAAGUUCAAUGCUGGUGCCGGUCUUCAAGCGAAGAAAAAAUGAUAUUUGCUAUGCCAUAUAGGUCUAAUUUAUUUUCAGUGACUUUUUAAAAUAAAACUUGAUAUUACCUUGGGGUUGCGUUAAAUUCCGUCUGUAUGGGAUAUACAUAUAGCUUUUAAAUCUUACCACAUUAGUUUACAAGUCAGUAGGGUUGUUGGUAUCGUUACGUGCUUGGUAAUGAGAUACACAAAAAUAAUAAAUCACAUGUCAUUUUAUCUAGUGCCCUCAAGGAUUUCUGGGCUGACAUUCUGUUAUAUCUAGAGCCUUGAUUCUUAAUAUGCCGCGAACUACUUGACUACUUGAACGAUAGAACCCGCAACGUCGCAAAGAGAGAAGACAAAGACUGGUAAGCAGGAAGUUUAUUGCCCCGAACAAUGUCAAAAUAUAGCACAUAAAUCUCGUGUAUUUAUAGUUAUUGGCUGAAAAUAAAUUAUCAUUUAGGUCAACCAAUAAGCACAUAGGUAUCAAACUAGUCCAUCCAAUGGAGAAGCUCCACGUUGGCAUUUCUAGAACAUUCCCCUAGCCGUGAUUGGGUGGAAUGUCUACGGCUCUUCCUGGGCUUCCUAGGGUUUUCUAGAGUCUACCGACGGGCCGUCCUUGAAGAAACGGAAAACAAAUCGAGCAGUGUAUUGAAUACAGAGGCGCCAAAUGAAAUUAAUCAUGACACGGAAAAUGUUCCUAAUGAUCAAAAUUAUCUAAUUGUUCUGUCGGAUCCCGAUUAUUUCGCUGAUUCAUAUGUUCCUGUUCAAAUCUCUUAUAAAAAUGUGAGAAAAAUAUCGGAUGCAUUAAAUGAUAAUCAAGAAUCCAAUACAACUCUCAAAGAUACUGAUUAUCCUAAUGAUUCAUUAUCUACUAAUGAGGUUCCGAGGAAAUUCAAGGAAACUAUUUCAGAAGAAUCAAGUGUUGGUGACCUCGAAUCAAAUGUCGUCGAUCCUCAUGAUCUCUUCAGUUCUAAUGCAUUCCCUGUUAAAUGUGACAAACAUAUCGCAUUAAUAGUAACUUGGCUAUAUGAGGAUCCAACAGUCUUUCGUGGGGGAGGGUGAAUUCGAGAAAAUUAAAAAUCUGGAUAUCAACUCCGGAUUUCUCAAAAAGGGGAGGUGUUGUAUCCCCUGGCGAAUUAUGAAUCAUAAAUCUGAGGUCCAUUUAUGGACAAAUGUAAUACGCCUAUUCCUAUUGGAUAGUUGUUAAAUAAGUGACCUAAUCGUUUCCGUGUUCCUCUUAUCAUAACCUUUAUUUUGACCUUGGAACUAUUAUUAUUGAUUACUUUCCCCCUAGCUACAGCCACAUUGGCCAAUUACUGUACAAAUGUUAUUUUUCUAUUUUUGAUAUAUGUGGUCUGUUUGGUUAGUAUAUAUAACCCAGUAUGCUUGUGAAUAAUGAUUCAUAUUGCUGAGGCUGU